AUGACAUUUAAAUCGAUUCUAAUUACCCUACUGCCGCCGGUCGCGCUGAGUGAGCCCUGUGCGGCAGAGCGAGGAAAGUCGGUCAAGUUGCAUUGCCCCGGCUGGCUGCCAAUUACAACUUCCAGAAAAAAGAAGGCAAAGCAAAAAGAUGUCCUGAUUCUGAAUGACAACAAUAUAAGCAGAAUCGUGGCUGAGAAGCUCCGUAAACAACAGAAAUUGGCGAUUGUAAUUGUACAUUUAGAUUUAGAAAGCGUGAUAACGGUGGCAGGUACGGACGGCUUGGAAUUACCCUUUGCAUCCUUCGGUCCAGACGGAUACUUCCUGCCCGUCCCAGGAUCUUGGGUUACACAAUGCCUCCUACAGUGCAUCCCAGCUACUCUCUUCUCUUUGUGGUACGGAACCGAUUCCACUAAAACGAACAGUUACAAAAAUCACUCCAAAGAAAUAAAAAUAAAAAUGCUAGAGGAAGAACUUUCACAGAUGAUGGCUGUGGUUGAAGAGCUGGAGGAUUGGAUAGUUGAUGGCAGAACAACAGACAGAGAGGACACUGGAAUGAGACGCAGCGGUACACCAGGUUCCGUUAUCCUUCCAGAGGAAGCGGUCACAACCUACCGCAACUGUUUGAUAAAGGACUCACAAGUGGGAGCUUCCUUCUUCGGCAAAGCUGCCCACAAUGGAGUCUUAAAUGGUACCAUGAUCCUCUGA